UUGAAACCGAAUCGGGACAUUUUAUUUCCCCCCCUCCCCUCCUGGUUGUAGCUCCAGGGUAGCUACUGCAUCGUUAGCCGCCGUAGCCGAGAUGUAGUAACACGAGUGCCUACGAGAAUGUGACGGAGAUGCAAGAUUACGGACAUCACUUAUCGCCCCCACCUCCACCAACCCCGAGUUGUGACAUUUACUUUCGGUCACCGCGGAUUGUCUUGCGGCUGCUGCCGUUUUUGCGGCUCCUUCCUAGCCUAGCCGGAGCGGGAGGUUGAUGUUGUUGCUGGGUGAAAUUGGCCCCAAUCGCUAUUAAACUGGCUCCUGAUUGAUAGCUAGUUAGCAGCUGCCAGCCAUUGAUGCACAAGGGCUGUCUAUUAUUGGACGUGUGGCAGCUCGCUACAUCGCAAACCUUUUAAAUUAUGCAGGAGUUGUAUUAAUCGCGAACGGACCCAAACCGUGACGAUUUGUUUUCAAUGCUCCGCCAGCCGUAAUCGCAGGUGUUAUUUAAAUUAUCGAGGGGAUGCUUUUCAGGUUGGCACCCAGCAUCCUCCUUCGUAACUUUCUGUUUUGAAGCGGGAGCUGGCAGGCUUUAUUUUACAGACGUAACUGCGAGCGUUUGUAAACCAAAGCGUGGGUUUUCUGUGCUUCUGUUUUUUUUGAUUUAUUGGUUGUUUUGUUUUAUUUGUAGCUCCAGGCGCUUUUGCUUCGAUCGUGUGUACACGUAGAGCAGCGAUCAAACCCCCAGCACUGAUGGUGGUUUUUUUUGUUUUGUUUUUUUGUUUUGUGCUGUUUUUCAGCACUUUGGAAGCUAAGGGGAUAGUAAUACAAUGUGGCCACCACGCUGACGCACACAUGAGGACAGGACGCAGAGCCAAAAUGAUGUGAACGCCGUUUCUGGACAAAUUUGCAAAGUUGAAGGACGGAGAAAUUGGGCUGGGCAGCCAAGAAGGGGAGAGAAGCCGCGUCAAGAAAAAGGAGAGCUUCACCCUGACAGCGAUCCCCUUUCCCCCCCCUCCCCACCCUUCCCCACCCUCUUCCCCUCCAUCAUUCCUACAAGAGCCCCACCUGGCACGCCCCGUAAGGAUCCGCACCCCCUAAAGUCCUGAUGGAUCCGAAGGUUCAGGGGCAAACUGCGACACCACCCCCUCUCCUCUCCGCUGCGGUCACGGCGGAGCGGGAGAAGGAGGGCGGCGGUGGCAAGAAAGAGGAAGAGGACGAGAAGAAGCAAGAGAGAGAAAAAGAGGGAACUGCUGCUGGUCCCCCUGGCGCAGGUGGGCCAGGAGACCCCGGCGGCGACCAGUCCCAUUUCUCUAUCACGGAGAGCAGCCUGUCUGAGGGCAACGUCAAGCUUAAGAUCGGCCUGCAGGCGAAGCGCAUGAAGAAGCCCCCCAAGAGCUUGGAGAACUACGUGUGCCGGCCGGCCUUCAAAGCCACCGUGAGGCAUACAAGUCGCGGAGGAAGUAGCGCCCGCGGCAACCGGGCAGCGGCCGCAGGCGACGGCACAAGUGGUCGGAGCCAAAGCCCUUCAAAGAGCCAGGGGAAGGAGAGGGAUAAGAGCCCGAGUGUGAAAAAAGCACCAGCUCCAUCCUCUACGUCAGCCCCCUCUGCUAAAGCUGUUACAUCUUCUUCCUCUUCUUCUUCUUCUUCUUCUUCUUCUUCUCCUGCUGCUCCUCCUGGCAUCACUAAAACCCCGUCACCCUCCCAGCUAAAUGGGAACGCUCCGGCUAAAAAGGGUCCACCAAAGACAGACUGCAAGUCCGACUCGAAGUCGGACCCUAAAUCAGUCGCUACCACAUCUGAAAGACCCCUCAACCUUCACCGGCCGCCACCGGACAGCAAAACGCAUUCCUCUGGGAAGAAAACGCCGACUCCGCAAACCAUUUCACGGACGUCUUCGCCGUCUUCGCCGCCGGCUGGGUCAAAAGAACCGACCUUCGAAGGCAUCAAACCUCCGCAUUACACUUACGGCUCAGAAGGUCAGCGAGACAAGGACAAGGGUGUCCAGGGUUGCGGACCGCCCACCGUCACCGAGAAAUUAGCCCAGCUUAUAGCAAUCUGCCCACCGUCGAAAACCCCAAAGCCGACAAAACCCCCAAAAAGCGAUCCGAAUCCUCCGCUUCCAAGCUCCGGCUUCAUGGCUCCCACAGCCAAGCAACGAGACAGGGCUCUGGCCAACAGGAACACGUAUUCAAGGCUGAUGCACCUUUCUCCUCCGCCGCCGGUGUCGAGGCCUCCUGGCCGGCCCUACGGCUCCAGGAACAGGGAUGGCGUCUUGGAAAUUCCCCCUACCCUGACGCAGCUGAGGAAGGAGGACACAGACGGGUCUGGAAAAGCGAUCGUCGGCAACAUGACCAGCAGCAGCAACGCGAGCAAUAGCCGGAGUCGCAGCAGCAGCCCCGCGUUCACUCACAACCGUCAGCCAGCCGCGUGCAAAGACGGCGGCUGUAGCGAGAGCAGCAACAGCGGGCUAGCUAAGGCGCAGUCACGUGGCCCUCACAGCUUACCGUCUUCUCCGUCUUGCCCCGUUUCCUCAACCUCCUCCUCCUCCGUCUCAGCUGAGCAGAGGACGGCGACUGCUGUGAGUCACCUGGGCUCCCCGGCUCCCUCACAGGGACACCACGCACAGGAGUCCCCGGCCCUGGCAGAGGAGAGCGGGGCGGGCGAGAGGGGCCAGGGAGGCGACAGCCCCAGGGACGUCAAGUGCCCUCCGACAGCAGCAAUAGGAAAACCAGAGGGCAAGGAUAAGGCGGCAGGUAAUCCGUCAUUGCAUGUAGAGAGGGGGAGAAGCUCCAGUCCCAAAAUGCGCAGUCCCAACAGGGAUAGCAGCCAGCCGAGGCGAACUACCAGUCCCCCUGAGCCCGUUAGACAAAGGAUGCCGUCUGCAUCCGACCCAGAUGACGAAGAAGGCCCCCCAACGCCCCUUAGAGACGAUUCACCCGAUUCAUCCCUAGACUCGCCCGACGAGCAGGAUAGCAAACCCCUGAAGAAACGCAGGGGAAGGAAACCCCGCUGGCUAAUGAACAAAGCGCAGACCCAGCCGGCAGGUCAGGACGUCCUCUUCGGCGAGAACAAAACCUGCAUGUCUCUGUCUUCGGGUUUAGAAACUCCGUCGCCGCCGGUGAAACGACCGGUGGGCCGGCCGCCGAACCCCAAUAAGGUCAAACCGAACCCCGUGCUUCAAAGUUCGAUGUCGCAGCUGUUUCCGCCCCAGCCUAAGAAAAGGGGGCGGCCAAAGUCCAAAAUGCCAAGACUUGAUGCCCCAGCUCCGGGGAACCCCUCUUUCAAGCUGGCCUCUUCCAAGGUCUAUUCAUCGCUGCUGAAGUCCAAGGAGGAGCAGGACCCGCCCGUUCUCCACCCGGAGGUGGACCUAAACCCCCCUAAGCCCAUGCCUAGGAAACGUGGGCGUCCCAAGCGCCUUCCUCCCACCUUACCGCAGGAAGGCCAGCCUCCCACGCUGGCUCCCGAGUCAGGAGAGAUGGGGGACAAGCGGUUCUGCAGCAAAGGGAACGGGCAGCUCAUUAUGAAAACCAUCAUCGGCAAAAUCAAUAAGAUGAAGAGCAUGAAGCGGAAGCGGAUUCUGAAUCAGAUCCUGUUAGGCCCACGUACCGAAGACCCCCCCAGAAACAGCGCUGCCGGGAUGGUCAACUCCGCGGAGGCUACGACCCAGUCCUUGUCCUCCCUGGCUGCCUCCUUCGGGGGGAAACUGGGGCCGCAGAUCAACGUUAGCAAAAAGGGAACCAUAUACAUGGGUAAGAGGAGAGGGCGGAAACCAAAAUCCGUAUCCAGUCUUGCGGCCUCACCGCCAGAACCUUUCCUGUGCCCCAACACCACCUCCCCUCUGCAUCACCACUCUCAGUCGCAGCACCACCAUCUGUCCUCCUCGGAGGUGUUCCCCUCUCCCUCCCUGUCGCAGUCCAGCGGAGGCCACAGCCCCAUCAGCGACGCCAGCUUCGUGGAACCCAGCUCUGUGCACUUUCCCCACUAUUCCAGCUCCCAUCACAGCCACGGCUCGUUCUCGUUCCCUCCCCCGACCUUUUCCGUCCCCAACAAAGUCCUGGGCUCCGCCUCGUCCUCCGCCGCCACUUCCCAGAAGAAAUCCUCCUGCCGCGGCUACCCGCACCACCACCACCAUCAUUACAAGUCGCAGUUCCAUUAUCACAAGCUCUCCCCACCCAGGCCGCUCCACCCGACCUCCCCGGCCCCCCUCAGCGAGCUCAAAGAAGCCACUCCGUCGCCGGUCAGCGAGUCGCACAGCGAGGAGACGGUGCCCAGCGACAGCGGAAUAGGAACGGACAACAACAGCACGUCUGACCGCGGGGAGAAAGCCGGCGGGACGGCAGGCUUGGGUGGAAUCGCCUUGCCAGCCGCGAUGGGUGGUGGGUUAUUAAUGCCCGGCGUGAUGAGCUCAGCGAUGGCUCCAGGAAUGGGCCUCAACUCCAGAGGCAGGCGGCGACACUCGGCCGUGCUCCUGGAGCAUCCCUCACCCUCGCCGUCGCCCCACGGCGCCAGGUCCUCGCCGGAUCCCAAGCGACCUCACCCGGCGGCUCCCGCCCCGACCUUACUGGGCCACAAGGAGAAGCACAAGCACAAGUGCAAGCGGCGCAGCCACGGGUGCCCCGGCUACGACAAGAUGAAGAGGCAGAAGAGGAAACGAAAGAAGAAGUAUCUGCAGCUGCGCUCCCGGCGGCUCGACCCGGACUUUCUCGCCGAGCUGGACGAGAUCGUGGUGAUGCUGAGCGAGAUCCGGAUCUCGCACCGCUCCACGGGGCACCGCCUGGGCAGCGGGAUCGGCAUGGCGGCGGGGACGAGUCGGAUGCCGGGGCUGGGGGGCAGGGCCGCCGGUGGCAUCGGGGGCCCGAGCGGACCCCCUCCUCAUCAUUAUGUUCACAGGGACCUCCUUCCCACAAUCUUCAGGGUAAACUUUGGCAGGUUCUACUCUCACCCCGCGUACUCCUGCGACCCUUUGCACUAUGUCCGCAAACCGGACAUGAAGAAGAAGCGCGGACGGCCCCCGAAGCUAAGAGAAUCCAUGUCCGAGGUCCCUUUUGUCCCCGGGCUCGGCUUCCCUCUCUCCAGUGGAGGUUUCUACCACCCUUCCUACGGUGUCCCGUACUCAUCGGGGCCCCUGGGGUUGGGCUAUUACAGAGGCUUCCCUCCAGCGAGCGCCCUAUACCCUCACCCGCAUCACCAGUCGCCCCACGCAGCUCCGUCGCACCACUCCCACCACUCGCCGUCGUUCCCUCCCCCUCCGCCCGCGUCCUACAUGCACCAUCACCACCCGUCUCAUCUCCUCCUCAACCCCUCCAAGUUUCACAAGAAAAAACACAAGCUGCUCAGGCAGGAGUUCCUGGGCGGAGGGAGGCCCCCCGUCCUGUUCCCACCCAUGUCCUCCGAGCUGUCCUUCAACUGGCACCACAAACACAAGCACAGGCACAAGCACAGGGAGCGGUGCGCCGAGGAAGACCGCGAGGAAGCCGCGAGGAGCGGCUCGGCGAGCCGGGUCGGCGCGGGGAUCUCUGACAAAGGAGCUGCCGGUAAAGGGGAGCGGGUCAGAGGUCUGGGGAUGACGGAGUCGUUGCAACGGUGCAGGUUUGGAAGAGACGCCGCAGGCACCACCACGAGUAAACAAGCCUCCGCCGCCUCCGCCAACUCCCCUUCCUCCUCCUCGUCUUCAUCUGCAGAGAGGUACAAACGCAAAGAGGGCUCCAUGUCCUGUCUCGGACCCUCUAGGCUCACGCUGGACGGCGGCUCCAAAGGCCACCAUCCGGUCGCGUCCUGGUUCAGGAUGGGCAGCUCGGACGUAGACUACUCCAAGCUCUCGCGGAGUCAGAUGGCCGCCGGCCACGGCCCGUUCUCGGACAGCCGGGCGAGAGGCUGCUCAGACAGCGAGGACGAGGAGCCGCUCAGUCCCGCAGAGGAGGUGGAAGCUCACGAUUCUCCUAAUCUGACAAAUCUGUUCGCCUCGGCUCUGACGCGGACGUCUCUGAAGGGGGGAAGGAGCCGAAAGAGCGAGGCGGUUACGGAAAGCCCCAGCUUCAGUCACCUGGAUCGGCCAAUGAGGAAGGACCGCUCCACGUCAACUGAGAGGAGAGAAUUAGGACCAUCGGUUCUCCAGCCAAGAGGUGUUUCCCUCUCGGCUUCCGAAGGGCCCGAAGGAUCCCUGCACGGCCGGCAGCAGCACCAUCACCAGUCCUCUCUGUUUCACUCCCACGUCUCUCCCGGCCCUUCCUGCCUGUCUCCCUCCCGGGAUUUCUGCCUGGAUGCCUCCCUGGCCCACCGCUCCCAUCGGGCGCAGGCGUCCAAGCACAGCCUGCAUCACGUCAACAAAAUCCUGCGUGCCAAGAAGCUGCAGAGGCAGGCGCGGACGGGAAACAACGUGGUGAAGAAGAGGGGCCCGGGACGUCCCAGGAAGUACCCGCUGCCCUCCCCGCCUCCCUCCCCGCCUCACCAGGUGGAGCUGAAUCAAACCGUUCACAGGGACAACGGAGGAGAGCGGCUAGCCGGUAGGAGAGGGUGGGAGGGGGAUACUGUUACAGACGCUAUCGAGUCCGUAGUCCAGGGUCAGCGUAGAAAAGGUCAGAAGAGGGCGCAUGUGGAGGCAGAGGAGGAGGAUGAAGAAGAGGAGGAAGAGCUGGUCGAAGACGACCAGGAGGCGGAGGAAAUCGAGGAACACCUGCCUGACGGGGAGGAGAACCAGACGAACCUGCUGCCGCGAUCCAGAACCGGGGCAGGAACAAGCUGGCCUGCAGAGGAGGAGCAUCAACACCAGCACAUCCAGGGUUCCGCAGAAAGCAAGCCAGCUGCUCAGUGCUCCCCAGAACGCCCCGGCGCCGUCUCCAAGGAACAGGCCGCUCCCAUCAGCAGCCAGCGGGAGAAGAAAGCGGCCAGACUCCCAAAGAAGAAGUUCCAGAAAGCAGGACUUUAUUCUGACGUGUACAAGACUGAGGACCCUCGCAGCCAGCUUCUGCAGCUAAAAAAAGAGAAGCUGGAAUACAUACCAGGGGAGCAUGAAUAUGGACUGUUUCCUGCUCCAAUACAUGUUGGGAAGUACCUGAGACAGAAGAGGAUUGAUUUCCAGUUGCCUUACGACAUCUUAUGGUUGUGGAAACAUGAUCAGCUUUACAAAAGGCCCGAUGUCCCUCUUUACAAGAAGAUCAGAUCAAACGUGUACGUAGACGUGAAGCCUCUCUACGGGUACGAGACAACUACGUGCAACUGCAGACCUCCUGGGGCUUCAGCGGAGAAAGGGUGCCUGGAUGAUUGCUUGAAUAGGAUGAGCUUUGCCGAGUGCUCCCCCAGUGCCUGUCCUUGCGGCGAUCAGUGCGACAACCAGCACAUCCAGAGACACGAGUGGGUCCAGUCUCUGGAGCGGUUCCGUGCCGAGGGUAAGGGCUGGGGAAUCCGCACCAAGCAGCCUCUCCGCGCCGGUCAGUUCAUCAUCGAAUACCUGGGAGAGGUGGUCAGCGAGCAGGAGUUCAGGAACCGGAUGAUGGAGCAGUACCACAACGGCCACUACUGCUUGAACCUUGACAGUGGGAUGGUGAUUGACAGCUUCCACAUGGGCAACGAGGCGCGCUUCAUAAACCACAGCUGUGAGCCCAACUGUGAGAUGCAGAAGUGGUCAGUGAACGGGGUGUACAGAAUCGGUCUCUUCGCUCUCAAGGACAUCCACAGCGGCACUGAACUCACCUACGACUACAACUUCCAUUCCUUCAACACAGAGGAGCAGCAAGUUUGCAAGUGUGGCUCGGAGAGCUGCCGCGGCAUCAUCGGAGGGAAGAGUCAGCGCAUCAACGGCCUCCCCGGAAAAACGGGAGGCGCUCGGAGGUUGGGUCGGCUAAAGGAGAAAAGGAAGUCAAAGCACCAGCUCAAAAAGAGAGAGGAAGAGUCCAGCGACAGCAACAAGUUUUAUCCACAUCUCAUGAAGCCCAUGUCUAACAGAGAAAGAAACUUUGUGGUGAAGCACAGAGUUUUUCUCCUGCGAAACUGGGAGAAGAUGAGGGAGAAGCAGGAGCUGCAGAAGCGGGAGGGGGAAAGGGAGAGGGACGCCGGCAGCCUCUCCAUGUACGCUCGCUGGGGAGGAGUGAUCCGCGAUGACGGCAACAUCAAGUCAGACGUGUUCCUGACCCAGUUCUCAGCCCUGCAGACGUCGCGGUCGGUACGGACGAGGAGACUCGCCGCUGCUGAAGAAAACACAGAAGUGACCCGCACCGCGCGUCUGGCACACAUCUUCAAGGAGAUCUGCGACAUGAUCACCAGCUACAAAGACUCGUCGGGACAAAUACUCGCUGCUCCGCUGGUGAACCUCCCAUCCAGGAAGAGGAACAGUCAGUACUAUGAGAAAGUGUCCGACCCUCUGGACCUGAGCACCAUCGAGAAGCAGAUCCUCACCGGCCAUUAUAAGACCGUGGAGGCAUUCGAUACAGAUAUGCUCAAAGUGUUUCGCAACGCUGAGAAAUACUACGGCAGAAAGUCGUCAGUGGGCAGGGACGUGUGCCGGCUGAGGAAGGCCUACUACAGCGCCCGCAACGAGGCUGCCGUCCAGAUCGACGAGAUCGUGGGCGAGACGGCCAGCGAGGCCGACAGCUCGGAGUCGCUGGAGCGCGACCACGUCCACCACCACCACCACGGCGGCGGAGGGGGGUCCGGCUCGCACGACAAGGACGACGACGUCAUCCGUUGCAUCUGCGGCAUGUACAAAGACGAAGGAGUGAUGAUCCAGUGUGAAAAGUGCAUGGUUUGGCAGCAUUGCGACUGUAUGCGCCUUGAGACUGAAGUGGAGCACUACCUGUGUGAGCAGUGUGACCCUCGGCCUGUAGACAGGGAGGUUCCCAUGAUACCCCAGCCCAGCUACGCACAGGCUGGCUCCAUCUACUACAUAUGCCUCCUUAGAGAUGACCUGCUGUUACACCAAGGCGACUGCGUGUACCUGAUGAGAGACAGCCGGCGCAGCCCCGAAGGUCAGCCCGUGCGGCAGUCCUACCGCGUCCUCUCCCACAUCAACCGGGACAAGCUCGACAUCUUCCGCAUCGAGAAGCUGUGGAAGAACGAGAAGGGCGAGCGCUUCGCCUUUGGGCAUCACUACUUCCGGCCCCACGAGACGCAUCACUCCCCGUCGCGGCGUUUCUACCAGAACGAGUUGUUCCGCAUGCCGCUGUAUGAGAUCAUCCCCCUGGAGGCGGUGGUGGGAACGUGCUGCGUCCUCGAUCUCUACACUUACUGCAAAGGAAGGCCCAAAGGCGUGAAGGAGCACGACGUGUACAUCUGCGAUUACCGCCUGGACAAAUCGGCCCACCUGUUCUACAAGAUCCACCGGAACCGCUACCCAGUCUGCACCAAGCCGUACGCCUUCAACCACUUCCCCAAGCGGCUCACGCCUAAAAGAGACUUCUCGCCCCAUUACGUUCCUGACAACUAUAAGAGGAACGGAGGCCGGUCUGCCUGGAAAAGCGAACAGUCCAAAGAGGCCGCUGGCUGCGAGGACGACGCCUCCUCCUGCGAUCGGGGCGAGGAGUUCCCACACGGGGCGGAGGACGGACGGUCGCUGGAGGACGACGUCGACGCGGCGCACGAGGGUCCCGAAAUUCUGCCAGUCAAGCCCACGCAGAAGGAAAGGGCGAGGGCAGGAGACGAGGACGAAGAGGAGGAGGAGGAGGAGGAAGAGGGGGAGGAGGACGGGCUGGAGGCCGGGGUGCGGAAGGAGCUGGGGGAAAGUGCCGAAGACAGGAUGGGAGAGAUGCUGGAGCUCCCGCUGUCUCCGUCCUCCUCGCCGCUCCAUCACCCGGCGCUGACCCGCAGGGAGGCCCAGAGGGAGCGGCUCAACAAGAUCCUGCUGGACCUGCUGCACAGAGCGCCCAGCAAGAACGGUGAGGGAGCGGGAACGAAGCAGGGGGCUAUCGAUGUCACCUAUCUCCUCGAGGAGGGAGCAGGACGGCGGUUACGGCGAAGGACGCUUGGCUUCGGAGACUUUGUUGGCAGGAAACAGUGUUUUUGACGUGCCUGGUAUAUGCACACUGCCUUUUGCUGCUGUGGAAAGAGAGGCAGGAAACUGAGAGACAGUUAAAAAGAAAAGAAAAGGGAAUGAAGCAUUGCUGCCUGUCCUACCUUAACGGAUCACAACGCAUCCAAGGAGAGGGGGUUGCAUCUUCAAAGUUUACCUCUUCCAAGACAGUCAUCUCAGCUCGUGAGAAGGUGGAAGUCGUACCGAAGUUCUUCCUCGGAGGAAGUCCCACCUUGAAACUGAGACAGCUGGCUCUUCUUAUUUAAGUACAUCAUGCAAAACUUCUUUUUUUUUUUUUUUUUUUCGUUUUUCUUUUUUAUUGAACAUAGGAGAAAUAACCCAUGCACUUAAAUGAAUGGAUCAUUGGAAAACCAUGGGUAGAUGACUAUUGCUUGCAGCCAUUGGAAAAUGGAACGGUUGGUACUGAACAGGGAUGGACAGAGGGGGCGGAAGGGCGUUUCUCAUCAAUUUCCUUGUGAAUCCUGAAUUAUUGUUCUUCGUACUGGGUUCUUGCUGCAACGAUGAAGUGUGAGAGACGAGAGGAAGCUGGCAUACAGGAGAAAAUGUCAAGCUGAGCGCCGUGCUCUGAUGCUGCGAGUCAGAAAGACGGGGGGAGGCAAGGGGCGGAGACUGGCACUUUUGGUACCUUGGAUAUUGUGAAGCUCUGUGUGAUGUAUCCACGAUGAAAAUACACUAACACUCUCACAGUAUUGGCCGCAGUCUGACAAAAGCAAGUUAAGAACGUAUUUUUUUAUUUUUUUUCCUGUUUUACCCCUAAGUAGCUCGUUUAGAAACAGAAACAGGCCCGUGGAGCGGUUUUGAGUUUGCGCUUAUGUCAAAGUGUCUAGUUAUUAUUAUUUUUUAACUUAGCCGUGAGGCAGUCAGCUUAGCACCCCCUCUUUUUUUUUUUUUUUUUUUUUGUAGAAGCAACACGAUUUCACCAGCUUAAAUAAAUCAGGCAGCGACGGGAGGAGGAUGGAGGGCGCCGGCUUUAACUGUAACGCCUUACACAGCCGCUGCCAUCUCCCGCUGCCUUUGCGUGCGAGUGCGUGCGUGUGCGUGUGUGUCUGCCAGAUUUUGUGAAAAUAUACCUUUUUAGAAAAAAAACUUCAAAAAAAAAAUAAUGUAAGGGCUCUAUGGCAAUUAACAGUUUUGAGAAAACAAUACUUAACAUGAAAUGUAUCGUGAUGGUCAUAUUUUCUUAUGUUCUUUGAGAUGGGCGGGGCAGCGUAUACUGUAAAUUUGGAGCAGGGAGUGACUUGCGAUCCUUUUUUUUUUGUCUUCAGAUUGAUUGCCAUGGAGAAUGUUUGUUUAAAAAAAAAAAAAAAAAAGAGAGAGAGAGAGAGAUUUCCAUUUUCCUUGCAAUGUCCCGGUGCGGUAAACUGAGAGAAGUGAUGAGAACGAGAAGGAGGGAGAGAUCGGGAAGCUGUACAGUGCCAAGUUCUGUAAAUAGUCACACUUUACAUUAAGAAGUGUCUCCAAAAGCAAUAUCUUGAAAAUUGAUUUUGUUUAUUAUUGUACUGUACAGGACUCAGCCCUAAAUGUAUUAUUAUUAUUAUUAUAAUAUUAUUAUUAUUAUUAUUAUUAUUAUUAUUAUUUCUUUGGUAUGUAUUACUAUAAUGAAGACACUUAAGCUCUGAGGAAGAUGUUUUUUUUUUUUUUUGUAAUUUCCAGAAAUUCUCACCAUAACAGUCCUGAUGACAUGAAAUUUAAGCUGAGUUGUUUGUUUGCCUAUAAAUUAAGUCCACCUGUAAAGUGCAUGAGCAAGAAGAAUGUCAGAAGGUUUUGGGACGCGACAGUGGCUCUGCAACGACACCUUUCGUCACUGAAUUUUGUUAAUAAUAUAACUUUUUUAAGGAGGAAUCUGCUCCUUGUUUUUUUGCUGCAAAGUGUUGAACACUAAAAAAACAAACCAACAUAAAAAUGUUAAGAUAUUUUUAAACGCUGACAGAAAACGGAAGUAAAGCUGUCAAACGAUAUCAUGCUAUUAUAAAUAUAUAUAUAUACAUACAUAUAUAUAUAAAUAUAUUUUUUGUUUUUCUUUCAAAUAGGAAAACGGUUCCGUUUUGUGAUAGCGGUCAUUGUAUGAUGCUUGUACUUGUAUUUGUGUGUUUUGUGUGAUCCGUUUAGUUAUUUUUAGACAAUCACAAAAUAAGAUGCAAGCAUUGUAAAUGGCAGACUGACGGACAUUUUGUGAUGUGUACAGUUUGUCAAAACAACAACAACAAAAAAAGAAAAAAAAAAAAGAAAACUUCUUCCACUCGUUAAAGGUUUGUAAUUACGAUUCUUAAGUCAUGGAAAAAAAAUGCUGUUGGUUUUUACUUUUUGUUUUAUAUUUGUUUUGUUUUUUUUGUUUGUUUUUUUAAUAAAAAGCACUACAUUAUUGUGAAUACA